AUGGCCUCGUCGACAGAAAAACUAACCAAAGUGGACAAGGUGACGAAAUAUGAGACUUUAAAACUCUUGGAAAAAUGCAGGAAAGAGAGAGACGAUGCAAUCCACAGGGAAAAUCUUCUGAGGGACAAAUUGAGGCACUACGAGUCCAGGAUGAGGUCAACCGAAGCGCUUAAGCAGAAACUUAAAAACAUGUCUUUGGACAACAAGGAACUGCGGAAAACGGUGAAAACGCUAAGGGCCGAUCUGGGUUUGGAAUCUAGUCCCAAAUUUCAAGGAAAAACCACCAAGGACAUAAUCAACGACCUGCACGAAAAAGAGCGUCAGUGUAGUUCCUUGGUAGAAAAAGCUGGAAAGCUGAGUCUGACUAUCGACGAUCUCACGUCUGAGCUGGCCAACACGGUCACUUCGAAAACUAUUUUGGAAGAACAAGUGGAAUCAUUGCAGCAAAACCUGAAGGAUAUGACGAACAACCAGCGCCGCUUGCUGAAGCUUUGGGAGGACAAGAAAGCGCAGAGAGAGCAGCUGUCGCUCCCGGCUAUUGCCCAAAAACAACGACCUGUGGCGCACAAAGGAGUACAAACCGAGAUGUCUAUCAACCUGACGCAGAAGUUACCCGCUAAUGCCUUUGAAAUUAAACAAGGUCGACGGGAGACCGAGAGAAAUAAGUCAAGUUUAGAAAAACGCGGCAUUUUACAAAAUGGUGUGCACCGAGACAAAACAUCUCUAAUGCACAAUGAACCGAAAAGUGUACAGAAUUAA